UCUCCUGUCGGGAGUGAUGUGCGCUGAGGCAUGUUCGCACAUGUUCAGUUUGACACGACGCUGAGCAACGUUUGUAUUUACGAAUAAACCAUCAUAUUUUGUGAGCAGCCAUGGAGCUUGACCAUGACUUCCUGAACACCCCGCCCAUGAAGACGGUGCGCUUUGGGGGGAGUGUCACGGACACGCUGAUGAAGUUCAGGCAGGGAGACACGAGCGAUUACGAGCUGCUGAAGCACCAGCUCGCGGAUCCUGACAUCAAGGAUGCUCAGAUCAUCAACUGGCUGCAGGAACUACGCAGCUGCCUGAGCCAACUGACAAAGGACCACGAGCAGCUUGUGCACGCUGCGCUGCGGCUGCCUUGGCUCGGGCGAAGCGCUGCGGUCGUGGAGGAGUACAUGGCUUUCCUGGGGAACCUGGUGUCAGCCCAGACCGUGUACCUGCGGUCGUGCCUCAAGAUGAUCGUCUCCAAUUUCACCCCUGGGCGAAUCGUGAUCCAGGAAGGAAACGUCAACAUCUCGGACUCGGAUGACAACGAUGAGCAUCUUCCCCGGAACUUUGACCUCUGCCACCAAGCGCUGCAGAUGAUUGCGCGUUACGUUCCAUCAACAGCCCGCUUCUUGAUGCCCAUCCUUUGUGAGAACUUCCCUUUUGUGACAAAGUCUUCAAGAACUCUGGAGUGCUAUGUUCACAACCUCCUCCGAGUCACCGUUUACUUCCCCGUACUGCGCAGAGAGAUCCUGGAGCUGGUCGUCAGCAAGAUGCUCAAGCUGGACGUGAGCGCCCCCCGCAGGGAGAUUGAAGAUGCGGAGGAGAACGCAGCCCAACAGCAGCAGAGUGGGGGGGCCCAGGACGAGUGUCUCUUCGACAUGGAGGAUGACGAUGGCAUUCCCAGGAGCCCCAGUGGGCCGGGGGUGGAGAUUAGUGUAAUGGAGCACCCCGUGGCUGAGCGCCUGGACGUGCUCAUGGCCGUCCUACUAGCCUACAUCAAAGACAUGUGCCACAGCAAUGGUGUUCUCCAGCUGGAGCGCACCAAAGAGCUGUACAGGGACCUGGUGUGUGUGUUCGACAAGCUGCUGCUGCCCACGCAUGCCUGCUGCCACGUGCAGUAUGCCCUCUUCUACCUAUGCAGCUUCCGCGUGGGUCUGGCUGAGGCCUUCCUGGAGCACCUCUGGAAGCUCCUGCAGAGCCCCUCCCAGCCGGCUAUUCUUCGCCAGGCGGCUGCCGGCUACAUUGGCAGCUUUUUGGCCCGGGCCAAGUUUGUCCCCGUCAUGACGGUGAAGGCCUGUCUGGACCUGCUGGUGCCUUGGCUGCACCGCUACAUCGACAGCCAGGACUCGGGCUCCUUCUGCGACGUCACGCUGCAUGGCCCCUUCUAUGCUGCCUGCCAGGCUGUCUUCUACACGCUUGUCUUUAGGCAUCGUGCCAUCCUGGAGGGGAACAUGCGCAAAGGCCUCGCCUACCUCCAGAGUCUGAACCUGGAGCGCAUCGUAAUGAGCCAGCUGAACCCCCUGAAGGUUUGCCUGCCAUCCGUCGCCAACAUGUUUGCUUCCAUCACCAGAAACUACCAGCUGGUGUUCUGCUACACUGUGAUUGAGCGCAACAACAGGCUGCAGCUGCCCAUGGUGAGGAGCAGCCAGGGGGGUUCCUGCCAACCCACGGACAUGAACCCACUGGACAGCUUCUUCCCCUUUGACCCCUACUUGCUACGGAGGUCAGGGAAGGUGAUCGAACCCAUCUACCAGGUGUGGGAGGAACCCAGUGACCAUGAAGUAAAGGGUCACCAGAAACCAGCAAGACAGGUCUCAACAGAGGAGGAGGACGACUUCCUGCAUGGGGAGACCCUGCAGGCAGACGACGUGGUGGGCAUGACUCCAGGCUCCUAUGAGUCACACCUGCGGAGCCCCAGCAGCGUGGGUUCUCCCCCGGUCACCUUCCUGCAACGGCCCUUUUAGUGGCACUGGGUCACGACACCAUGUCAUACCUAGAAAGCAUCUAUCCAGCAAACUGCUGGCUAGCAGCGCUCAGUUGUCCGCAGAAGAAGGGGCACCAAGUGUCAGGGCGGAGCUAUCUGUCCGUCACUAAUGGUGCUGAACCCUUCAGUCAUAUAUACAGAUGGCUGUUGGUACAAAACCCUCCACUGGGAUAUGGAGGGAAUCAGAGCUUCCCGAUAGCGUGAAUCACAUGGACGCUCUUAGCAGGUGGUCGUCUCUCCGACAGGGUCCAUGGUCACGGGUGUGAGAUGGCCACCUGGAUGGGGACAUCGGAACCCAGUGUCGGUGCCGGUGUAAACCCCACUGGUGCAGUUCUGUUUUGUGAUAUAUCGGCGAUUCCCAAACUCACUGCCCAUCUUUUUACUGCUCAUAGUAUCACUUUAGUAAAUAUUUAAUUUAUGUAUAUAUGUUUUUGUUUGAGAUCCUCUGCGAUGUGGAGGAAACGAGUUAGUUAUAAAGUUCCACUGAUCACACUGUUGGCCCUUUGUUUUGACUGUAACGCACUGAGCGUCGGCUGUGUAACAUUCUGUUUUUUCCUCUCUGCCUCCCCCUCUUUCUACCUCUAUGUGUACUGUGUUAUUUAGGGGUUUAAAGUGGAACGAUGGAGGUUUGUGCUGAGUGGAAAUGCCAGAAUUUGGCUGGUGAAGGUUCCUGCCUGAGGGAGGGGGACUUUUAUUUAAUUAAAUUGAUCUUUUCUUGGAACCAUUCUCCUGCCUUGGUUUUUCACUGGCUGUUGAGUGUAUGAGGCUCUUUUAUCCUUCACAUUAAAACUUUCAUUAUGGUCAAGUGACUCCUUCUGCUGCCUUUGCUUAUUCCUCCGUUUAUUUUCAAAAUUUGUGCCGUUAAGCCUGAAAGACGGUAAAAGAAACGUGUUUGUAGAAUACGGGAUUACCUUCAAUUGACGCUUCUCCAAAAGCGCUUAGAAUGAUUUAGCUCUUACAGCUUGGUAGUUUCUAACUGUGUCAGAGUAAGUCCGUGGAUCAACGGUACCGCAGCACGAGAUGAGAUUUGAGCACAGGUCCUCCA